GCUGCUGACGCUAACUGCCCCCUUUAACGUAGUGGGCGAGCGAGGCGCGUCGCAAAAGGUCGCGGUGGAACUUCCUUACGGUCUUCAAACGGGUGCUUUACGGUACCAGGCACUGCCGAACUGGGAGAUGUCGGCGGCUACCUGCGAGGAAGCGUCGGGUCCUGCUAGCGGCUUUGCGAAGCGGGUCCUGGUGACCGGAGGUGCUGGUUUCAUUGCAUCACAUGUGAUUGUCUCUUUGGUAGAAGAUUAUCCAAGCUAUAUGAUCAUAAAUCUAGACAAGUUGGAUUACUGUGCAAGCUUGAAGAAUCUUGAAACCAUUUCUAACAAACAAAACUACAAAUUUAUACAGGGUGACAUUUGUGAUUCUCACUUUGUGAAACUGCUUUUUGAAACAGAGAAAAUAGAUAUAGUACUACAUUUUGCUGCACAAACACACGUAGAUCUGUCAUUUGUACGCGCCUUUGAGUUUACCUAUGUUAAUGUUUACGGCACUCAUGUUUUGGUAAGUGCUGCUCAUGAAGCCAGAGUGGAGAAAUUCAUUUACGUCAGCACAGAUGAAGUAUAUGGAGGCAGUCUUGAUAAGGAAUUUGAUGAAUCUUCACCCAAACAACCUACAAAUCCUUAUGCAUCCUCUAAAGCAGCUGCUGAAUGUUUUGUCCAAUCUUACUGGGAACGAUACAAGUUUCCAGUUGUCAUCACAAGAAGCAGUAAUGUUUAUGGACCACAUCAAUAUCCAGAAAAGGUUAUUCCAAAAUUUAUAUCUUUACUACAGCAUGACAGGAAAUGUUGUAUUCAUGGAUCAGGGCUUCAAACAAGAAAUUUCCUUUAUGCUACUGAUGUAGUAGAAGCAUUUCUCACUGUCCUCAAAAAGGGGAAACCAGGUGAAAUUUAUAACAUUGGAACCAAUUUUGAAAUGUCAGUUAUCCAGCUUGCCAAAGAACUAAUACAACUGAUAAAAGAGACCAAUUCAGAGUCUGAAAUGGAAAAUUGGGUGGAUUAUGUUAAUGAUAGACCUACCAACGACAUGAGAUACCCAAUGAAGUCAGAAAAAAUACAUGGCUUAGGAUGGAGACCUAAAGUGCCUUGGAAAGAAGGAAUAAAGAAAACAAUUGAAUGGUACAGAGAGAAUUUUCACAACUGGAAGAAUGCAGAAAAGGCAUUAGAACCCUUUCCAGUACAGCCACCAUUUACAUAGGACGGUUUUCAGAGAAAGAAGAAAAUUAUCCUACCUCCACAAGUGAUGUGAAACCAGGUGACCAAAUGAGGUGUCCUCUUUUCAUGUGGAAUUAGAUUCAUGACUUCUUUGGAAGACUUUCAGCAUUAGGACAGCAUUUAAAUAUCAAAAUUCUUUCAGAAACCCUUUCUCCAGGAAAUUAGGAAACAGUAGAUAUAGAAAGGCUCUCCCCUAGGAGUGGGCCGGGAAGAAGCUGUCUGCUUUUGAGAACAAGGACUGGCAGUGGCUCUGGGCAAGUGGCACCUUUGCUGGCUUUGAACUCAGUCAGCCUCCCAGCCUUUCCGAAUGCCCAGACAGUCUCUGAAGUUUUCAUUUUUAGACAACAUAGGAUGAGUCAUAUGCCCUAAUUCCAUUUUUUAAAGUUCCGACGUGCUAUAAUUGCUUUUAAAAUGGAAUAAAAUAGAAGCAUAUCUAGUACUUUUUAACUUUGAUAAAUUUAUAAAAUUAAGUUGAAUGCUUUUUUAAAGAAGGAUGUAAAGUUUUUAUGUUUUCAAAAUCAUUUGUUGACCUAUAUAACCUGAGUCAGAGAAAUAGUUUUGUCAUGUAUUUACUGUUUAAAAUAAUUUUAUUUAUAAAAUUGUCAAUAUCUUAAUGUAUUUAA